UUGGCUGGCGCGGGAAGGGGGCGUGGCCAAGGACCAGGAAAUGGGAAGCCGCGCGAGCGUGAGGGGAGCGGAGGAGCCGGGAGCCCUGCCCCCCAACCGCCCGAGCCUGCCCGACGGGUCCAGGCCCUGCCCCAUAGGAGCCAUGGAGGGGCCGGAGCCGGAACGAGGCCGGUCCGAGGGCUGUGGGCUCCUGCGGGAGGAGCUGAGCCAGGACGGGGCCUUCCUAUGGGGCCAGCCCCACAUCUUCAUCAUCUUCGGGGCCUCGGGUGACCUGGCCAGGAAGAAGAUCUACCCCACGAUAUGGUGGCUGUUCCGGGACCGGCUGCUCCCCGAGGACAUUCACUUCUUCGGCUUCGCCCGUUCCCCACUGACGGUGGAGCUGAUCCGGGAGCGGACCCUGCCCUACCUCAAGGCAGCCCCCGAGGACUCCCCCCUCCUGGAUGACUUCUUCUCUCGGCACCGGUUUGUGCAGGGUCCCUAUGGGGACCCAGCCCCAUUCCGGAGCCUGGCGGCGGCGCUGGAGCAGCUGCCCGGAGGCACCGGCAGCCACCGGCUCUUCUACCUGGCGCUGCCGCCAGGGCUCUAUGCUACCGUCAGCAGGCUCAUCCGGCAGCACUGCAUGGGGCAGGGCUGGAACCGCGUCAUCGUGGAGAAGCCGUUUGGCCGGGACCUGGCGAGCUCGGACGCUCUCUCCGCUCACCUGAGCUCCUUGUUCCGCGAGGAGCAGAUUUACCGCAUUGACCAUUACCUGGGCAAGGAGAUGGUUCAGAACCUCAUGGUGCUGCGCUUUGGCAACCGCAUCUUCGGCCCCAUCUGGAACAGGGACAAUGUUGCCUGUGUGGUCAUCACCUUCAAGGAGCCCUUUGGCACCGAGGGCAGGGGGGGUUACUUCGAUGACUUUGGCAUCAUCCGGGACGUGAUGCAGAACCACCUCCUGCAGAUGCUCUGCUUGGUGGCCAUGGAGAAACCGGCGUCCACCAACUCCGAUGAUGUGCGGGAUGAGAAGGUGAAGGUGCUCAAGUGCAUCAGCCCCGUGGCCCUGGAGGACGUGGUCCUUGGCCAGUACGUGGGGAACCCCGAGGGCCCCCCCGAGGCCCACAAGGGUUACUUGGAUGACCCCACGGUGCCGUCCGGCUCCACCACGGCCACGUUCGCGGCUGCCAUCCUGCGUGUGGCCAAUGAGCGCUGGGAUGGUGUCCCGUUCGUGCUGCGCUGCGGGAAGGCUCUGAACGAGCGCAAGGCUGAGCUGCGGCUGCAGUUCCGGGACGUGGCCGGGGAGCUGUUCGGCUGUCGCUGUGCCCGCAAUGAGCUGGUUGUCAGGGUACAACCGGACGAGGCUGUUUACACCAAACUCAUGACCAAGAAACCAGGAUUGUCCCUGAGCCCUGAGGAGUCUGAGCUCGACCUCACCUAUGGCAGCCGAUACAAGGAUGUGAAGCUUCCGGAUGCCUACGAGCGCCUCAUCCUGGAUGUGUUCUGUGGGAACCAGAUGCACUUCGUGCGCAGCGAUGAGCUGCGGGAGGCCUGGCGCAUCUUCACCCCAUUGCUGCACAGCAUCGAGGAGCGCAAGGAGAGACCCAUCCCCUACGUGUUCGGCAGCCGAGGCCCCCCCGAAGCCGAUGAGCUGCUGAAACGCGCUGGGUUCAUCUACGAGGGCACCUACCGCUGGGUGAACCCGCACAAGCUCUGACCCACAGCGCCCCAUAGCACCCAAUGGGCCCCAUAGCAUCCAAUGGGACCCAUAACGCACAAUGGGCCCCGUGCUCCACCUUCCUCCCCCUUGCUGCAGGGCUGGGAUUGAGGGCCCCUCCUGCCCCAUAGACACUCCAUUCUGCCCCAUAGAGAGCCAUUCCACCCCAUAGUGCUGCUAACCUGCCCCAUAGAAAAGCCAUUCUGCCCCAUAGCCACUCCAUUCUUUUCCAUAGUCACUUCAUUCUGCCCCAUAGCCACUCCAUUCUGCUCCAUAGUGCUGCUAACCUGCCCCACGGUCACUCCACUCUGCCCCAUAGCCACUCCAUCAUGCCCCAUAGACAGCCAUUCUGACCCAUAGUGCUGCUAACCUGCCCCAUAGCUGCUCUAUUCUGCACCCUAGACACUUCAUUCUGCUGCUAACGUAAUCCGUAGACACCCAUUAUGCCCUAUAGCACCAUCAUUCUUCUGCCCCAUAACAUUGCCCUUCUGCCCCAUAGAUACCUCAUCCUGCCCCAUAACUCCCCCAAGCUGGGACCAAAGCACCCCCAAUACCCCCAACCCCCUCAUCACCCCUUUCAUCCCCCCCCAUUAACAUCGACCCAUGUUCAUCAUCCCCCUCCUGUGGUACUUAUGGGUCCAGCCCCACAUCACUUAUGGGUCCAAGCCCCACACAAACCACCUCCAUUCGGGCCCAGCCUUUAUUUGCCCUUUGGGACCACACAGUGGACGGGGGGGAGGGGGCCACUUAUGGGUCCCAGCAGGGCACUUAUGGGUCAGGGGGGGUCGGGGGCCCUGCGGGGGACACAGCCCUCGAGCUCCAGCGCCUCCGGCCACCCCUCGUACUUGUUGGAGCCGCGGCUGUUCCGGACGUGCUGCAUGGGAGAGAGCAGCGCUAUGGGGCAGCCCCACAAGUGCCCUGGCCCCAUAAGUACCCCCCCCCCCCAAGGCCCUACCUGCUCAAAGGGGCUCCGCUCCUGAACCCCUUUGGCCCCCAGGAAGACCCAACUGUCCCGGAAGGCCAAGUCCAUGGCGACGGCGCUGCCCAGCUCCCCAAAGAGGCGCCGGGACUCCUCCGUUAACCUGGAUGGGGACAGGGAUAACGGGCUUUAGAGCCCCAUAGAGCCCCA